AUGUCUAACAAUUGUCACUUAUCACUAACUGAGAAUAAACUCAUUACUAUCGGCGUUAUUGGGCUUCCAGGUUCAGGAAAAUCAUGCUUUUGCAAUAGAUUUGUUUUUCGUCACCCAGAUUUGUACGUCAGGGAUUCUCAUUCUAUUAGUGAUACCUCGCAAUCCUGCGAUGCCAAUCUAAGUGAUAAUCGUUGGCUGUACUGGGGAUGUGCGUGCCGUCAGAUAGAUGGAAGUACCAUAAAAUUUCAAAUACUAGAACACACGAAGUUCCCGGACGGUGUAUCCUACUCAAUACCUCCAUACUCAACAUGUAAUUACGAUAUCAAUCAGUUUUUAGAAUAUAUUCAUAAAAGCAUUGAAAUUCAUUUGGUAUCUAAAAAUAAGUUAACCUAUGCGUGUAAGAAAGAAGUGUGCAAAGGUUCAAGUAUCGAUGAUUGCUUUGGAUCAAACGAAGUGAAGGUUGAUGGAUUUAUUUUGAUUUUUGAUUCUACCACUUGCACGAGUAAGACUCACUGUGUAGAUCCAAGCUACUUAUGCAACUCAACCAUUCUGCAGGAGUCAUUGAACUGCCUUUCAAGAGUUCAAAAACCAGCCGUCGUUGUGUUGACUAAGUUGGAUAAUUGUGAUAUUUCUAAAUUAGGACUAGAUGUUUUUCUCAAGUCAAAUGAAUUCAAGAAAUUUCCUGUGAUUGAGACUUCGGCACACGAAAAUGUUAAUAUCGAAGAAGCGUUCCUUACUCUUUACAGGCUUAUGGAGCCUAAAACUCGUGUUCAUAAAUGGAGACACAUUUCAUAUAUAGGAGCUGCUUAUAAACGGAGUCAGGUGGUCAAUUCAGCGAUGCAUUCAUUUAUACGUCUAGUGUUCAUAUCUCCUCCGGAAUUUUUAACUGAUUGGGAAACCUUCAUGGGAAGAUACAGCCAUCACACUGAUGUAGUAAACUAUAUAUACCUGGUUGGUUCUUUAAAUGCAAGGUACAAAUUCAAGGCUGUAGUUGAGGAACGUUUCAGAACGACAAAGCUGAACUCACUGAAUAAAGUGCCAGGUAUCCUUAUGCAUCUGUUGCCGAAUCUGGACACGGUUCAUGGUUUUUCAUUUGAACAGAUCGUAUCAUACAUUCGUCGUCAUGAAGAAUUUUCUCUAUGCUUUCAAGAUGAUACGUACUAUAACUGUAGCACAGGGCUCAAUAAUGUACUACAUGACGAUUCACGUGUACCUUUUCAUCUGGCUAUUGAACCAAUAGCUGAAUCCGAGAAUUGUCUAUUAAAGCAGCAUGUGGAUCGUUUGACUAACAUAAGACGUCGUCAUACAGAAAAGGCAUUCCUAGAGACUUCUCUUCAUCAUGGAUUUCGAAACUGCCUCACCGCCACUCUAAAUGAGGACCUUUCCGACGAUCGUAUUACGGUUAUACUACCGGGACAACCACUCUCGGAUGUUAAGUCAAAUAUUAGUUCACUUGAUUUGCUUGAGCUUACUAAGGAGGAAAUAUCUGGGAUAUAUCAACAGUUUCAACUAGGUUUGCAUAUUCGAGUACGCGAGGACUUUUUAGAUUUAUUGGUUGAACAAACCGAGAUUUUUGUCAAGACAGUGUUAGGUUAUUUGGAUCACCUUCGCGACAGUUAUCCAUAUAUUACGCGUGCAUUGGAUUCAGCGAAUGAGGAUUACAGUGAACGAUCUUCAAAGAUAAAUCACGACCUAUUGCCUUCGAGAACGUUACGUACUUCCGACCAAAACAUUUGUGUUCAAACAGCACCAUCACCGUAUGUAUCUUUUAAUCAAACUAAGUAUUUGAGUGCUCCCCCUAGAGGCGUGAAAGAAACUCAAAUUACUUGGUUAAAUGAACAGUUAUCUAAAGACGAUCGCUACCAAGCCAUGGCUUAUCUACCAUCGGAACGACAAACUUUAAUUACAGCUUAUUUUGAUAUGCUUAUUCCGUCCACUGAUUCCCACAGAUUUAUCCCAAGAAGUCUGUGGAACGAUAUUUUGACCAUGGACUUUAGAGUCCAAAAUGCAAGAAAUCCCAUGGCAUCCAAUGAAAUGGAUUCUCCAGUAAUAGAUAAUGCCUUAUGUAUUGACCCAACAACAGAUUAUUGCUCUGAAAGUUGUCGAUUUGAAUCAUCAUAUUUAUGUUCACCAUGUUUGUCUGUUUUAUGUGGCGGGUGUAUGGAUGUACUCUUUAAGCAACUCGCACAUGAAUACCUUCCGGGUAAUUUUGUAUACUCCAGAGGACAAUUCACUAACUUUUCUGAAGGUAACAGUAAUUACUUCUGUUUGGAUAAGAGUAUGCUGUCUAUUCCCAGAUCAAGUACACCUCGAAUACCUAGUCUUUCAUGUCUUCCUUUAUCGGUUUAUGACCAUUCACCGCUAGUUUUAUCAAUUGCUAUCGCAUGCAUAUGCACUGAUACAUUGGCUGCACAUGCCAUCAUUAAUCUGCUGUCGUGCGCAGGGUUCUGUAUGGCUUCCUUUAUUUCAAAAACUUCAGAGCAUUCAGUUGAUCAUCGAUCUGAUCAUUGCCAGGAUUAUCGCCAUCGUCAUCAACACACUAGUCUGAAGCCUUCAACUUUGUCUGCUUCAGAGGAGAACAGUAUAUCAGAUCCUUUAGUGCUAACUGCUACAUGGCCUCUACCGACAACAAGAUUGUUUAUGUCUGGUUUCUCCAGUACACCUGUUCCAAAUCCAUCUAUAAUAAGUUCAUUUAAAGACGUGGAGUCACUCAAGAUCUACGAUGGUCAGGUUCACAUUCAUUUAAUGUCACACCAUACACUAUUGAAUAAACUAUUGUUGUAUCGAGAGAAUAUUACAAGUAAAUCUGAACAAUCUAAUGGUAUAUUACUUGAAGAAAACAAUGUAGACUUAAAUACUACGAAUUCACACCUCCUACCCUAUUCAGGGAUAAUCCUUUUUACUAGCGCUCCAUCUCCUGCUGAUAAAGAACAGUGCAAUGAAUUAUCACAGGAAACCGGUGAAAUCUCCCCGCCUACACAUUUAUCAAAAAAACCCCAAGAUAGAGUUAUAAAUUCUAUGAAUUUGCGUGGGGUAAAUAUUCAUGAAUUCAGUUCGUCACCUCAAUUACUCCUAAAUGACCACUCACCUGACGAAAAUGAGUGUGAUUUUAAGGCACAUGUAGAAUGUGACCACUCUUCUGAAUUUCCUUGUUCUCUUGAUCAGUUAUCAUGCACGUGUUGCAACCUAUUUUACAAUAAAAAAGAAAUCAAUGCUUUAGGUUGUGUUUGUGGUCAGUGUUGUAAUUGUGUGCAUUCGUUGAAAAAUUCCAACAACAGUUCUCUAUUGCAUAUUAAACCUGAUACAUGGAAAGACAAAAAAUUAUAUUCCAGUUUAAUGUGUCCACAUCGUAGACGUUCUUGGGAAGCAAGAGUUGCAGCCGUCAAUUCAAUUGUUGAUCAAGUACCAAAAAAUAUUCCUCAUUUAGUUCUAUUAACCGAAUCGUCCGAUUAUAGUGCCAAGUCAGAAGAUCUACCACCAUCUAUUUAUCCUGCCACCGAAUCAAUAAGAUCCUUUACAUUUUCCAAUCAGUCGUACCCUAACAUGUCAUGUGAUAAAAGUGAAAAUUCAUCUAGUUCAUUGAACCGUGAAUCUUGUUCAUCCGAUUGGAUGCCUGUCGGAACAAAUAUCCUAGAUCAUGUUAUAAACUUCCUUUGUCAUUGUUGGAACAAAAUGAAUCAAAAUGUGUCUUCUAAAUAUGUUGGAAAACAUAAACACACUUGUCGUGUCACCCCUUCCAAGAACUCUGAAAUUUCAAAUAGUCCUAGUUCACCACAUCUAAUGGUAGCAGGAAACUAUGCAAAUCAGUCUUCUGUAGAAAUAUCAUUGGAUAAAUCUUUCAGUGGAGGACUUUUAAAUACCUUAUCAGUUGCUUCAGCCACUGGGCGGAAGGCUAUGCAUUCGGCCAAUCAGGCUUUAAGAAAGCUUUCUAAUACUACCAAAUGCCAUCAUAAUUGUAAAUCAUCUCUGGCGACCAAUUCGAAAGGCUUUCUUUCCAGCUUUAUCGAUUCUCAAAGUAAGGUUAGUGUUGAUGAAAAAUCAGAAACAAUACCCGAACAAGUCUCUUUCAUCUCAGAUUCAAAAUCAAAGACUUUAGAAUCAAUGAUCUCACCGGGUACUCUUAUUGCUUCUAAUGAUAACCCAAUAACUAUCACUUCUCCACCAGCCAUCCAAACAAACAAAUCUUUCAGUGAACAUAAUCAUACACCUAAAAGGUUCAAUUGCAGUGAACAUCCUGUUCGAUGGACAGUUGGCCCUUCACCACUUCAUGCUCAUCGUAAAGAAUCAUCUAUUCGAAAAGCAACAGAAAAAUUACAAAGUAAAGCUUUUCAUUUGAAAAAAAGCAAUCCGAAAUUGACGAAUGAUAAGACCAUCUCAUCAACUAAGUUAACUAACUUCGGCAUCGACUCUACUCCGUUUUUAUUCCCAAUCAAUAUUCAAGAUAAUGAAGAAACUACUCCUACUAGUAAAGGAAAUAAAUACUUAAAGACUGAUACGUUCGUAUCAAAACUUUCACCAGCUCAAAGUCCUGAUAAACUACCAUGUUGCGAAAACCGGGAACAUAGUAUACACAAUAUUAGAAAUUCAUAUAUUGGAUUAUUCGAUAAAUGUUGUUAUUGCACGAGUGAUGUACCGGAAGAUAACUUAAACAUUAGGACAAAUAAACAAGAUAAUCAGCAGUUUAUCGGAGGUUCACCUUCAGACAUUUCUGUAACUCCAAUAGUUAUCAGUAAACCUCAUUCGCCAAAUCGUGAUGAAGCAACGAAAGAGCUAUUUAAAUCGCCUAAUAAACUUGAAAAUCCAUUUAUUUUAACAACAAUGUUCAAUGACAAUAAUCAUCUGAUUGCAUCAAAAUCAUUCGAUUCUAAUAAUUGCUCAAUGAAUUCCUCGUUAUAUAACCAUAGUUCUGAUAUGUUUUGUAUUAUGCAAAGUGAAGAGGAAAAACAAGACGAUAUCGAGUCAAUCUAUGAAGAAUUUAUUCUAACUGAUGGGUCAUCACAACCGUCAUCAUUUCCUGGUACACAUACUACUACUACUACUACCAAUAAUAAUUAUAACAAUCAUAGUAAUACUGGGCAUCACUCAAGCGGUAUUGUGUCACCACCAUCACUAACGGCUUCUACCAAUACAUCUAAUACUGAUGAACAUAUUUAUAUGGAGCCUGUUGAUUGUUUAACACAUGGAUGUCUAGAACGAUAUCAUAUUAUUUCACAAAAGUUUACAGAUUUUUACACCAACUUAAGCAGUUCAUCAGCUGUCGUGUCAAAUAAACAAGAGUUUAAUAGUUCAACACCGUCAAUUCCUUCAACUAGUAUUGUUACAUCUUCAAAUGUAUCAAAUAGUUGGACAGAAAAUGAUGUAGGUUACAGACGUGAACGUUAUCGUUCGUUUAGUACACCUGAAGGUAGCUCUUUAUCUCAUGAUGAUAAUGAAACACAAUACGUUGGUGGUGGUCCUUCAAUUGGUUCGUCAUCCAACAUCAAUUUUCCAAGAAGUAUUUUUCAACCUUUCUCUGGAAAUCCAAUCCAUUUUCGUUCUGUUAGAUCUAGUCACCUUAAUGGAUCUUCUAAUACUUCACCAUUGAAAACUCGUAUACAUAGUACGGAUGCAGUUUUCGAAUCAUUGACACACUAUAAUACGUCUGUUAUUUCUCCAGCUUCAACCACUUUAAGUGAGGAUCUUAAUGAAAAUGUUAUGGUUAGUGAUAAAUUUCCUAAAUUCUCUACAAUUCGUGCACAAUCACUUCCAAAUCCUCUCUCUCGUUCACAUCAUCAUCAUUUCUGGCAUCAUCCUAAAUGUCCUCAUUAUCGAAUUCAUCGAGAUUCAGAGGAUAGUGGUUUAGGCACGGCAUCGUCAUCUUCGUCUAAAUUUGGCUUCCAAUCACAACUUUCAACAGACUACAAUCACAUCAAUUAUUGUAACAAAAUUUAUGAUACCGAUACUAACAAAUCUUCAUCAGAAUUUCUAUCACCUAUUAACUUAUCCCAACAACUUCCGUGCAAAUCUUAUUCACCUCCUUACUCUUGCGCACAUUUUAACUGUUCUAAUAAUUCUACAACAUCUUACAAUAUUAGUAGUACACCAUCGAAACCAAUUUUUAUUGAUCCUACAGAUUUUCAAACUCAUCAGCCUACACAAUCUUCUUUAACAUUUCCAUCAUAUAAUUAUCUUUCAAUUAAUACUACGUCAACUACUAUUAAUACUGAUAAUACUGCUGCUACUAAUGCUACGCCUCAUAUUAGCAGUAUGACUUAUCGUCGCAAUACAUCUUAUCAACCAUCUCAAGCGCCAUGUAAUCAGAAUAUUUCAACAUUUGCAGCUACAAAAGAAUUUAAAUGGCUACGUCGUAAUAAACCGUUGAAAUUUUUCGGGCAUCGUUUUUCAUUGGAAACCCAACCAAAUCCAUCUCCACCUACAACACCAGCUCCACCUGUACCACAAACUGCUCCUCCUCCGCCUCCAUCUGAAUCUUAUCUUUUCCCUUUUAUUACACCAAAGAAGUCUAUGUCGACGAUGAACAACUGCAGUUCAACAGUACAUAGUAAAUCUAACUUAUCAGUCAAUAAUAAUUUGUCAGGAUCAUUGUGUUUUGAAACGCAACAAUUACCUGUUACUCGUUAUCAGUCGUCAGGACGAAAUAUGACUGGUUUCUCAUUGUUUGUGAAUAACAAUAGUAACAACACUUUGAAAUCUGUAUUUUUUAAUCAUCAUAAUAAUACAAAAACAACAACAACUUCUACCAUUGUAUCAUCAUUCAGACAUCAAUAG